AUGGACAAGCACGGUAUCGACAUUUCGAUUGUCUCUACCGCCAACCCAUGGCUUGAUUUCCUCACUUCAAAGGAGGCUCCUUCGCUUGCACGAGAGCUAAAUGAUGAUCUCGAGGCAUACUGCGCUACCGGACCUUCUCUUUCUUCUUCUCCCUUGCGGAGGCUAUACGGAUUCGGCUUGCUGCCUCUCCUUCCAGAUGUUCCAACCUCUGAAAUCACUUCAAUCGUUGAGCAAAUUGGGUCCUUGUCACAUUUGAAGGGAGUCAUUAUGGGUACAAAAGGCGUUGGCAAAGGACUAGACGACCCAGCUCUUGAACCCGUCUGGGAAGCCAUCGCCUCCAAAGGCCUGGUCAUUUUCUUACACCCACACUACGGGGUUCCCGAUGAGCUCUUUGGUGAUAUCGAGAAUGGCCACGUCUUCCCCUCGCCCUCGGCUUCCCAUUCGAAACUGCGAUCGCUCCUGCUCGCUCAUUCGGGAGGAGCUUUGCCGAUCUUGUCGUCCCGCCUUGCGUCGUGCAUCGCACACGACCCGCUUGUCGCGCGCCGCCUCAAGCACGAUGCACGACACUACCUUGGGAUGCUGUACUACGAUGCUGUAGCGUAUGGGGCUCCAGAAUUAAGCAUGGCGAGUGCAGCUGCCGGACGAGGGCCCAACUACGCGGCGGAUGCCGCAAAGGCAACCGACGGGAUCGAUGGAUGGUCUGCGCUAGGCAGCCAGCGCAUGAUGUUUGGAACCGACCAUCCGUUCUUCCCACCAGUUCCGGGAGUAGCAGACACGGAGGCCAAAUGGGCGAGUGUGACCGAAAACCUAGCCGCAAUUCAAGCCGUACCCGGGUGGAGCGAGGCUGACAAAGAGGGAGUAAGGAGUGGAAAUGCGAUCAAAACUUUUGGCUUGGCUUAA